AUGACGACCCAAGAUCUGACAUCGGCCGCUAUCGCUCUUCUUGUGGCCCUCGUCCUCUACCAGAUUGCCAUCGUCAUUCAACGUCUGUACUUCCACCCAUUGUCAGCAUUUCCCGGUCCGAGACUCGCCGCGGCGACGUAUAUCCCAGAGAUCUACUACGACAUCUUCGAGGGAGAGGGCGGUCAGCUUCCCUUCGCCCUGCAACGAUGGCACAAGAGCUACGGCCCAAUCAUCCGCAUCAAUCCUCAAGAACUCCACGUUCAAGAUUCUUCCUGGUACGAGACACUCUAUGCCCCCUCUCGUCCAGUUAGGAAGCUGCCCAACUGGGGCCACCGAAUGAAAGCCAUGGAGUCCGCCCUCGGCGCCAGCGACGCAACUACAUACCGCAAGCGACGAACCGCACUGAACCCAUUCUUCACCAAGCGCAAGAUCGCGGAGUUUGCACCGAGCGUGCAGCAAGUGUGUGACCGUAUCGUUUCCCGCCUGGAGAGGGAGUAUCGAGGAACCGGCCGGGUCCUGAACAUCACCCGGGCGUGGGAAUGCAUGGCCAGUGAUAUUGCGACGCUCUCCGUUUUCGGCCAAGACCCUCGAUCCGUGGACAGUCCUGGUUUCUGUUCGCCAACGAACCGGGCGACGGAGUCGCUCGUGGAACCGAUCAAAUGGUUCACGCAUCUAUCCAUCAUUCCUACUUUGAUAGACCGGUUGCCAGAGUGGAUUGUCACCGCUUUGAUGCCGCCUGCCGAGUUGAUUCUUCGACAGCUUUCAAAAGUCUCCAGCAGAAGCUCUGACAUAUCGCAGGUCAUGGAACUCGCCGUGGUCGAGGCGCGCGCCGCACAUUCAGAUGGUAAAGGCAACGACCACUCAUUGAUCGGCUCCCUUCUUCAGCAGGAUCUGCCCCCAGAAGAGGCUACCUUGCCACAUUUCACCCAGGAAGCAGUUAUUGUAGUUGGGGCAGGCGGAGAAACUGUUGCUCGGACCAUGACGCUGGCAACAUUCCAUGUUCUCGAUAACCCUGCCGUGCAGAAGCGGCUGGUGGAAGAGCUCAAUACUGCGAUCCCAGAUGCCGCCGAGAUGCCUGACUGGAAUGUUCUAUCUGCCUUGCCGUAUUUGUCGGCUUGUAUUGAGGAGUCUCUUCGGCUCACUUACGGUGUUUGCGAGAAACGAAGCAGAGCGUACGAUGGCGGCGACCUGAUGUAUGGGGAAUGGAGGAUCCCCGCAGGGACCUUCGUCGGCAUGAGCAACUACGAUGUCUCACACGACGAGGAGAUUUUCCCGGAUUCCUUCUCUUUCAUUCCUGAGCGGUGGCUCGGCGACCCUCGCGCUCCGAAUGGCAAGGCGUUGUCGCGGUACAACGUCUCCUUCGGCAAAGGUAUGCGUAGCUGCGUCGGAAUGCAGCUGGCAUACUUGGAAUUGUACCUCGGGGUCGCGACUUUCUUUCGCUCUCGGCUCGCUUCAAAGGCCCGCUUGUACGAGACCAACAAGUCGGAUGUUGAGAUGGCGAGGGAUUGCUUCGUCCCGAGAGCAGCGAAGAAGAGCAAAGGCGUGCGAGUGAUUUUCGAGAGCUAG